AUGGCCAAAUCGGUGCUAGAUCUAUACGAGUUAUACAACUUGGUGAUAGCUCGUGGUGGCCUCGUCGAGGUGAUCAACAAGAAGUUAUGGCAGGAGAUCAUCAAGGGGCUUCGGUUGCCGUCCUCCAUCACCUCGGCUGCUUUCACACUAAGGACGCAAUACAUGAAGUACCUGUACGACUAUGAAUGUGAGAAGAAGAACCUCUCCACUCGGAGUGAGUUGGACGCGGCCAUUGAGGGCAAUAAGCGGGAGGGGCGCCGUGCCUCCGGGCAGUACGACGCCCAGGCGGCACUUUCUAUGCCGCCGUUGAACCGCGGAGUGCCAGCGUCUCUCGCGCAGCUGUCCCAGCACAUGCAGCCGUUAUCCCUCUCUUUGGGGGGCGGAGUCGCCGGAGUGCCCCGCUUGCCCCCCUUGCCGCCGCACGCCCCGCACAUCUCACAACAUGAUAUUGAAUACAGGGUCCGCGAGUACAUGAAGAUGAUACAACAGCAACGCGAUCUUAUAAGGAAUGGCUCGGAGUCUCCCCCAGGAGCCCCUAUGGUGUCCCCCAGAGACGCAGCGUUAUCAGCCAUAGACGUGUCUAGAUUAACUCUAUGGUCGCUCUACAACAACAACAACAACAGUCCACAGCCAGAUCUAGAACCACAACGCAUUCCGUAUUUCAGAGAGGCGUUAAACUUGAGCGAGAGUCCUAACUCGAGUAACGGCGGUGGUAUCAAACGGGAGGCCUGCCGCUCCCCCCCUCCGCCAGCGAAGCGUCGCACCCCGCGCCCACCUUCACCAGCCCGUUCACCCCCCGAGACCAAACCACAGAUACACACACCGCACCUAAAUGGCAACUCGAAUGGUGUUAGUGGUGCAGCCUUCAAGAUCACGACCAGAGGUGACGCAAGUACGGGUGAUCAAAAACUAGUUGUGUCUAUAGAAAUCAACGGAGUCACAUACGAGGGAGUUUUAUUCCCAUCACAAAAUGGCAACGGGCAGAACAAUCAUCGGCAAAUGGUGUCUUAA